AUGUCUUACACGGCUAAUUUUAAGGUUUCAAAGGAUAAUUUACAAUUCCGCCCCGAAGAGAAAGGUCCAAGCGAUUCUCAAAGCUCUGACGACGGAUCCAGUAUUAUGAGCCGACAGUCUAGUGUAACUUCUACUCCUAGAUCCAUUUCGCCAUGCAGAAGAACAGGUAUAAAUCUUGGAUUAAGCGUGAUCGGCGACUCAUCUAGUCUUCAUGGAAGUUCAACACGUAUACAUGAGGAUGGAGAUAAUCAUAAUAACCAGGCUAUCAGUACAUUGGAACUAAAAGAAUUGAACACUAAGGCGCGCAGUAGUCCACGGAAGCACUCAAUAUCACCUAUAAAAGAGCAAAUUAACGAAGCGGAAUCGCGAUCGCAGGAGCUCUCGGAAAGGCUUAGGCUCUUGGCCAGUAAAGAAAUGCAGAUUCUGGAACUCAAAAACACGAUCCAAACUCUCGUUAGAAGAAAACGAUAUUUGGAAGAAGAGACUGCCCUUUUAAAGAAGAACCUUCAAAAAGAAGUUGUGAAACGUGUCACCCAAGAGUAUAGUUCUACAUCGGCUAGCAGUGCGAGGACUCGCUCAUCAACCGGCAAUUCUCAGACUAUUAAUCAAGAAGUUUUUAAACGCAAUCAUGUUUCAAGUUCGGGAAGUUAUACAAAUGGAGACCGCAAAUCUUGGUUGGCAAGCCCAAUAAAUUUCCUUCAACAGUUCGAUAGCGCAGUUACAACUGAAUUGAACAAUUUACAGGAACCUCAAAAAGCACACAUUGCUUCAAAAAACAAUGACAGUAGACGGGCUCCACACAAGGGUGUUGAUUCAAGUGGAAGAGAGAUUGGUAGUCCACUGAAAAGUUUAGCUGAGCAACGUCCGGCACCAUCUGAUUUAGUUCAAUCUGUCUCGCAGCACAUUUGGUCUUUCGUAAAUGAUGUGAAAGAGAGUAUAUCAUUAGACAACCCAAUGAUGGAUGCAUCUGUUUCAGGAAACGUUAGCACGUAUUCAAACACCAAAGGCUCUCAUAAAAUCAACACCAAAGGGCAAGCAACUACAUCCAAAAGUCUGGUAACUAUUGAUCCUGAUAACAGCCAAGUUACUGAAGAUGACUUAUGGGAUGAUGAGGAUUUGAUUGAUAUUUAA